CCGGUUUUAUUUUUGGAGUGGUUCUCAGAUUUGCCUCUUCCAUUUGUAGGAAGGCGCACUAAAGACCAAGAUGAACUCUCCAAGCUCACACAACAGGCUGGGAGCCGGAGACGGGAGCCUCUAACCCCCCUCAGCGGCACUGACUCAGGGGGUUCAAGAUGCUGAUGGCACUCACUUUAACGCAGCCAGUGAUGGCCCCACAGUACCCGCCGGCUGUGCUGCCCAAGCCUGGCAAGGACAAUGCCAAACUCCAGAAACUGCUUAAGAAAUCUGCCAAGAAGAAGACGACCCCUGCCACGUCUCAGACGCCUGUGCCCUUCCGCUCGAGCCUCUCACCAGUAAGCGAAGCCAGCCCAGACCUCGAGCACAGCGACCACUCUACGCCACCCAAGACCCCCGAGACACCCGCCUAUGUGGGCCCCUUACUGCCCCCCCGAUUCCUGGUCAAGUCCUUGGCACAGCACUCGCCCUCACCGUACCCCACACAGCGGCCCACCUUCUUCACCAAACAGGACCGCUUCUCCCCGCUGCCAUUUCUGUCUCCUCACAGGGUGGAACUCGAGACCCCAGAGGCAGGCAUUUCGACGACUCAGCAAGAAAGCCAAGCUUCCCUGGCACCUGCUGCUGGGCCGCUGCUAUUUACGGCCGGCACGGCUAUUUCUGCCACUCAAUUAGCCACCCACGUGGAGAGCUCUGUGCUCGAUGUCCAGAAAGUCGGCACUCAUAAGGGCGAAGAAGCCACCAGCUCUGGAAUUCAAGCCUCCACCCUGACGGCAGAUGCUGCGCCACUCCAGUCGAUGACCUGGAAGACUGAAACUCAAUAUGAGGUCCCCAAAAUCAAAGUGUCACCGGCAGCCUCGAGCGCAGGGCCCCGGUCAAAAACUCCAACCUCUGACGCUGGAAGACCAAAGACCCCCGGUUCUGUGCAUGAAGUCCCACCAUAUGGCGCACCACCUAGUGAUGGGAAAACCCAGUCCUAUGGCCUCUCCAGUGUCCACACCCUGGUAUAUGGUGUGCCAAGAGCCAAGACUCCGACACGGGACACCACCGGUAGGCCGGGUGACGCACCCAAGGGGCACGUGGGUUCAUAUGAAGCUCUAAGGGCUCAAAUCGCAAAGUACAACGUGCCCAGGCCCAAAACGCCCACAUUUCAAGUGUCAACCUACACGGCGGGGUCAUCAUUUGAUGCAUCCAGACCAAAGACCCCGACAUACAAAUCACUAUCUGCUCAAAUGGCCACAUUCGACAUGGCCAGACCUAAAACCCCAAUAUAUCAAGUGUCCUCCAUUCAGAUGAUCACCUCGGAGACGUCCAGGCCUAAAACCCCAACAUAUCAAGUGUCUACAACUUGGAUGACCACCUCAGAGUCGUCCAGGCCUAAAACCCCAACAUCUCAAGUGCCCACAACUCAGAUGACCACCUCUGAUUUGGCCAGCCCCAAAGCUCCAACGUAUCAAGUGUCCAAAAUGACGACCUCAGAGACAUCCCGGCCCAAAACUCCAACCUAUCAAGUGUCUGCAACUCUGAUGACCACCUUGGAGACAUCCAGACCCAAAAUCUCAACAUAUCAAGGGUCCGCAUCUCAGAUGACCACCUCAGAGAGGUUCAGACCUAAAACCCCAACGCGUCAAGACCCCUCAGUUAGGAUGCCAAGAUCGGAAGCUCCAGUCACUGAUGGUCCCAAACCUAAAAUGCCAACUUAUCAGACAGCACCAUCCGACUCUUCUUAUUCUGCCCCAUUGACUAAGAUGGUAACGCCUGACUCCUCCACACCCAGGACCCCCACAUAUCCUGGCCACUCGGUUCCAAGUGCCACACUGGGGACGUCCAGGCCUAAAACCCCAACACGCCAAGCCCCCUCAGCUCAGACAGCUGAGACCCCGACAUAUCCAAUCCCAUCAGCCACAUCCGCAGCCUUUGAAACGUCCAGAGGUUCUUCUAGGGCUAAAACACCACCAGCUCAGAGUCAAACAUCUGAUGACAUGAGACCCAAGACACCAACAUGCCAAGUGUCGUCAGCGCAGAUCGCCAUUUCCAAUGCAGCCCGACCAAAGACCCCGACACAUCAAGCCCCUUCAGCCCCAAGUGCUGCACCAGACACGUUCCACCCUAAAACCCUUCCACAAAAAGGGGCCUCGCUGUCCAACCUAGCAUCGUUUGUGUUACCAACUAAACUGGCAGUACCCGCUACUAAGACAGUCGAUUCUAGAACGCCACAAUCCGAUGGCAGCAUGUCAAGCCUUAAAACUCCUUCCAUGGACAAGUUGGCAGAACCUGAAAUGGCCUCCAGUGAAACAGCAGACAGUCAGUCAGUGUCAACUAUGGACAGUCCAGGAGCAAAGCCCCCAAACAGUGACGUGCCCAGAGUGGGCACUCCUACUAAGGGUGCUCACCCUGAAGGCAUGAAAGAAGAAAGGUUGGAUGGUGUAGCGGGCAGCAGCACCAAGUCAGAAUUGCCCGUCUCGACCCCUACCACCAAAGACACGGGCAAAACUGGAAAUGACGCCCGGCCGAAAGCGGAGGGCCUCCUGAAGGCGUCUGCCAAAGGCAAGUCUCUGAAAGCAUCCCUCAGCGGGUGGUCUCGGCUCAAAAAGCAUCUCGUGGUGGAGCCCGAAGAACCCAAGUUUCCAGAGCCAGAACCUCAAACAGCAGCCGAGGCCGUCCCGAAGAAAGAAGAGAACGAGGAAACGUCAGAAGAACAGAAGCAGGAGACGACAGGACAGGAGCUGGAGAAACACAAGGACUCUCGGGCCACCAAGAUGUGGGAUGCCAUGCUCUUCCAGAUGUUCUCAGCCAAAGAGGCCAUUAAGCAGCACAUUAACAACAGCAAGAAGGAGGCCGAGGCGAGCGAGUCGGGCCAAGGCGAGAAGAAGCCGUCCAUGGCGCUGCUCUACCGACUGCCCCUCCUGCUCUACAAGCCCAGGUUUGACGCCAGGAAGCUGAAAGAGGCCGCCGCUCGGCCCCUCAACAAGAUCACGACCGCCUUCGAGAUGAGCCUGCUCCAGCGCAAAAACCCCAGCGAGCAACCAAAAGACUUCAACCGGGUGGCUCGAGGGUGGGACCUCAAAUAGGCCGAGCCUAAGCACCAGCAGGGGGCGCCGCCUCACACUUUCAGAGAAGUCCCCAGAAGGCUGGGCAUCCUUACAUUGUGUUAGAGGCAAUCAUGUAGCGCCUUGAGAGGGCCGCGUCAUGUCAAUCAAGAGAGAAAAAUUAAAAGCAAAGUCAACCUGUC